CUGAGGGUUCCUCUUUCCAUAUCUCCGUAUAUAUCCCGUUAUAUCCCGUUAUAAAUUAGGGGCUGGGCCAGAAUUUUCUCUACUCAAACCCUGAACUUACGUCCUCUUUUCGCAUAUCGAUUUAGAAGCUUUCAUACUUCCGUUGCCUGCAUAUCCUGCUGAUUAAACUCACGAUGGCUUCUCAGAACUGGCGCCCUGGUAAACGAGUUGCAAUCGUCGGAGGAGGUCCGGCAUCAAUUUCAGCCGGCCUUGCCUUCAUUCAGCGAGGCUAUGAUGUGCGCAUAUUUGAGCGACAACCGGAAUGCAAAGCUAUAGGCGGCGCUGUUCUUCUGUCUACUCCCGUCCUGGCGAUCCUCCGAUCUUACGGCUUGAGCCUCGACAACGUUGGCUCAUACACAGUCACCUACUUCAAAAACAAGUCCGGAACAGUGCGUACCAGACUACCGUUUAAUCCAGCUGUCGAGCAGCGGAUGGGUAUUAAAGGCUGGCACUACGGAGUGCUUCGUUCCUCUAUCUUCAAAAAGAUGCUCGACCUUGUCCCCGAUGGUGUAAUCUACGCGGGCCAUGAGUUUCUACAUUAUACGGAGACUGAAAAUGAUAUCGAACUCUACUUUGAAAACGGAUACCAAAUUACGGCAGAUAUCCUCGUUGGUGCAGAUGGUAUUCGAUCAAAAGUUUCACAGCAGGCUUUUGGCGACCCUCACCUAUUUCACACCGGAAUUCGUCUUUGGCUUGCCUGGUGCGAUUACAUUCCUGAUAUCCCUCCCAAUUAUGGUGUUGUCUCCCAUGACUACCAGCACCAAGCCAGCUUUUUUCCAAUGCUGCAUGAUGGGAAGCCCGGGUUUGAGUGGUGGGUAGUCGAGCCGUCUUGGGAGGGGAAGCCUAUCCCGGAAGAUCCAAAGGCACACCUCACGGAAAUCUUGAAAAAUUGGGCACAGCCAAUGCCUCGUUUUCUAGAGGCCACCAACUUUGACAAACAGGUUUAUCGCUGGGAAAUCUAUAAUCGACCUUCUAUGAAAAAGUGGUCUACAGGACGGGUGGUAUGUGUUGGCGACGCUAUACACCCAGUGUCACCUUAUGCCGCGUACGGUAUGGGAAUGGCGAUAGAAGACGGGUACUUUCUCGCCAGAGCGCUGGAUGGGGUAGACUUACGUGACCUCCGGAGGGUCAAAGCUGGGUGUGAGCUUUUUGAAGAACAACGAGUUGACUAUGUCAAUCACAACAUGGAAUUUGCUCGUUUCCUUGGCAAGAUGUUCCACGCGGUGCCGCGACCUUUCGCUCAAAUUCGUGACUUGAUCUUUGACUACACCCCAAUUCUCAGCAAAUUCCUUGGGGAUGGUUACUUAAAGAAGGCCGAGCAGGAGACACUUAACCUGAAGGAACUUCAAGUCUCUCCCUGAAAGUCCUGCAUACUCAGUAAAAUCUUCUCAACAGCCAAACCCACUAAUUCGAGCAGGCUGAAAGCGGAGGAAGGUAGCGCUCUUUGAGAACAACGACAAAGGGUCGGAGGCAUGGGUCACAUCUGUUUUGAUAUAUCGCUUUAGUUGAUCAUCAUGCUACACUUCAUAUUCGAGAGUCCUUGUUUACCUUCUUUCUUUGAUGGAACUAUAACAUUUGAUGUCUUUCAUUUCAUUUCCUGGUUUAUUUUAAAUAUGACAGUUCAGUUGGUCUUGGCUUUUUCGUGUAUCUACUAUGGCUUGGGGCUUAUUACCCCUUAAGCAAGGAACUAUAGCCGCUGAACGGAUGUAUGAGGAACAGCGCGCGGACGGCGGACUCCGUGGCGGACUGCAAGCGGGAUUUCAUGAGUGGGUGGCUACCGAACAUCGAUUUACCGCACAACAAAAGCUGGCCG